CCACUUGAGCCGAGCAUAAAAAGCUGGACCGAGUCCAACGUAUGGUCACACUCACUCCAAAAACGGUAACAUUCAAACCACCACCAGUAAAAACAUCCUCCAAAAAAUGCAACACUUAUUCGCCUUCGCCCUCGUCCUCAGUGGCGGCCUUCUCAUCGCUGUCGACGCUCAUGGGAGGUUCAUGAAGCCACCAAAUCGUUCCUCAAUUUGGCGAGUGCCAGAAUUUGCUGGACAAAAUCCACCCCCAAAUUAUAACGAUAAUCAAUUAUAUUGCGGUGGAGCUCACCAGGCUGAUGAACCAGGGACCAACUGUGGCGUUUGUGGCGAUGGAUUCUCGGAGUCAGUCCCACGACCCAACGAGAUUGGGGGCACGUAUUACAAAGGCAUCAUCACGGGAGACUAUUCUGCUGGCCAGAUCAUCGAUAUUGAAGUUGACUUGACCACAAGCCACUUGGGUGCCAUGGAAUUUCGUCUCUGUACUAACCCCCAGACAGAAAAUCAGGCUUGUUUCAACCAAAACGUGCUCAGAAUUGUGGAAGGUCCUGGUGCCGGAACGACCAAGCUUCCCGCUGGACCGACAGGAUUGAUGCGAUCAAAGCUCCAACUUCCCUCGGGCGUUAGAUGCGAUCACUGCAUAAUUCAGUGGAAUUAUCGAGCCGGAAAUGGUUGGGGUGAUUGUGGAAAUGGAACGUCGGCAGCGGGAUGCGGGCCACAAGAAACGUUCCGUGGAUGCUCAGAUGUUCGAAUUCGUUAAAAGAUGGACAUUACCUUUUAAUUUGUAAUUCCCUGUAAAUAUUUAUUAAAUUUUCUUUCUUUGUUAAAAUACAGUGUCAACAACGUGCAAAUUUACAUAAUAAUACUUCCACAUUGCGUUCAUGAUUCAUAUGGACAUACAAGCUAAAUUACUACUUACUAAACUGUUUAAUUACACAAAAAUUAUGAUUUUUUAACAUGCUUUCACCGAUACAUGAUAAUUAUAAUUUAUUCUGUUAAAAUAAGUAUGUUGGGAAACAUUGUAAUUUUUAUAUAAAUAACAAGUCGCUACGGACAAUACCUACAUAUGUAUUACAUCUAUUCAGUGUAAGUUGUAAUCAUUGUUCGAAAAAAAUACAGACAAAAAAUUCAGCAGGUUA